AUGCGGGCUGCGGGGCCGGCCCGGGACGGUGGCUCCGCUGCCGCCGCCCGCCCUCCGCGGGGAUCCCGGGGCCGCCGCCGGGUGCAGGCGUCCUUCGUGGAUGAGUCGCUGUUCGGCAGCCCCGCGGGGGCCCGCCCGCCGCCGCCCGCCUUCCCUCCGCCCUGGGCGGCUCCCGCAGCCGGCGGCUCCCGGCCCGGGAGUCAGUGCAGGUCUCGAAGCCACGCUCCGUCCUUCUGUGACGAGUCCCUGUUUGGUGCUAAGCCCCAGGGUCCUGCCUGGGCGACUCCGCGGAUGAGGAAAGAAGAUGUAGCCAAGCUCCAUUCGCUGCUCUGGAGCCCCCCGCCUGCCCCCCAAAACCAGCCUGGCCUUUCCCCACACUGCAGGGGGACUCCCCUGCGAGCCGUCCACCCGCCGGCCUCCGCGCCUCCGGCCACAUCUGAGCCCGGCCACAAGGAGAAGUUGUGUGGCCGGAGGCAUCCCAGGAGCGAUGCUUGCUCCAAAGGCUGGGAUGCUCCUGGCAGAGGACGUUCCCAGUCUGUCAGCCGGCUGAGCACCCCUCCGGACAGGAUUCGCCUCUCUUCCAACCUUGGCACAGAAAGGUGGAAGAACCAGAGCCUUCCAACAACCCCUGCUGCUCCCCAGGGCCCUCUGGUGCGGGCUCGGUCCAACAGCGUGUCUGGAUCUCCUGUGCUCAAGAAUGCCAAGGCAGCAGGUGGCUGCAAAGCCAGACCCCCCUGGAAGUGAUUCCAAAUGUUCCUCUGGAUGUACAUACAGCCUUAGUCCACCUCAGGCCUCCUGUGACUGAGCCCACAAGGAUCCUCGGCUUUUCCAUGGCUGGAAAUGAAGGAUGGGGCUAUUCCAUGCUGGAGGACAAGCCAGGAGCCAAAGGUGCUGGGAGCAGUGAGCUCCUUGUUCAGGGCACGACCUCAUGGCACCAGAGUGGGAUAGCCUUGGUGGGAACAGCUGCUUCCCGUGAUCUCCAAUGGUUGUCAGAGGAGGUUCCUGCUGCCUGGGAAAUCCAGCUGGGAGGUUGGAGCAGCAGGAGACAGGAGUGCCCACGGUGCAGUCCAGGGCCCAUCCAGGCACAGGUAUUGAGAGGCUGCUCUGAGGCCCCCCCAAAAGGUUCCCUUCUCCAGGAAAUGAGCUCCACUCCCUCUGCCUCUGUGCACAGGAUGUGCCUCGGUGUCUCCCUGCUGUCCUUGCUUUGUGUCACCAACGCCUUACGGACUCCUCUGACAAAGCAGGACAGGGGAGGACGAGCACAGAGGUGAGGAAGGCAUUGCCCUGCGUCCUGCUGGCAAUGGGAUGUCCCUGGCUGGAUGGGGUUUGUGACAGAGAAGGAUCUGAGCGGGGAUUUUGGCAGCUCGUGGUGAUGAGGAGGUGCUGAGUAGAUCCAUAAUUGUGUGGCUGGUGCUGAGGGUUGUGAGGUGCUCACAGCAGUGCUCCGAGACAAAUCUGGGAUCUAUGGGAUGCUGCUGAGUGAUCUGGGCACCUCCAAAACUCCUCAACUUCCUUUGCUGAGGUGGGAAAGAGCAGCUCUGUAUGGAGGUGGAUAAAGGACAUGGGGUGGGUGACUUGGGGUUUGCAGUCACUGCUCCCUGGGGAGAGGGCUGCGGUGAGGAGCUGCUGAGCUUACUGCGAGUUUGGUAACUCCCAUGCUGAGGGAAACACUCAAAUUCACCCAAGGACACACACAAGGUUAAGAACAUCAUUCUGCCCCCAGAAAUUGUUUUAUUGCACCUUGAGCAGCAGCAGGAUCAGGCCUUGACCCACACCAGCACGUGGAGCUGGAGCCAGCCAGGAGCCUGCGCUGAGUGGAAUUCCUGCUCAUUUCUUGGCCUGAUAGGAAGCAAGAACUACCUGACGUUAUUAAAACCCGAGAAGGUGAGUGAGGAUCCUUGUGAUUACCUCUGAGCUCUUGGAUCUCUUCCUCUGCUUCCCAUUGAGGCAAUCCAGCAGCUCUUCUCCACCUGGGGACAAAUUGGAGGGACAUGAAACAGUUGUGGCCUUCUCAGAGGAGGGGUUGGGAGUGCUGGUGUCAAUCUGAGCCUGAUCAGCUCUGUUUGGGAUGUGGGAUGUGCAAGCUGUGAAGGCUGCAGGUCUCACUGGGCUGGGAGAGAAUCCAGACGCGAUUUGGACACUAGAUGGAGACAAGAGAGUUGAGGAUUGACACAGAAGCAGGAAGGCUCUUCCCCAGCAGCAGGUGGGUGAGUCAGAUCCAGCUAGGCACGCUGUCAGCAAACUGGGGGAAGGGGAACUGCCCUGGAAUCUAAGGAGCACAGAACCAAACCAGCACAAUCUUGGAAAGCUUGGAGUCCUUGAAGGAGGAAGCCUCUUGAAAUAUGGAGAGACCUUAUCUGAAAAUCAAGCUGACAGUGGCCUGUGUGGCCAGGAUUGGCCACUUUACCCGCCCUGCUGUGCUCAGGGUCCAAGUAAUCAGUGGGGGAAACUAGAGCCCAUCUCAUCAGCCACACUUUCUUGUCCCACACUGGCCCGGGUUGUCACCAAGGGCUUCCAGGAGGUCAGAAGUGGCACUUCCUUGCUAUUUACACAUGAGUACAAUGUUGGUUAAGUAUAAAUGGGUUGUUUGCAUUUUGUUCUGUGAUUCUCCCUCACAUUGGUGCUUUACUGUUGCCCUGUCCUCUUGUUCUGCCAGAGCUGUGCAGCCCAGCAUGACAGCAAAAGCUGCUGUUACUGCUGGAACUGGUGCUCACGUGCAAAAAAACCACAUUAAAUCUGAAUCAAACGAGGUGGGGGAAAUGUUCUGUUGUUUCUUACCUCCAGAUCCAGCCUGUCCAGUGUCACUGGUGCUCAGCUCAGGCCAGAGUUGUUGAUACAGAGGCCUCAAUCAAGCUGGGGAUCCUCCCUGCUGCUGCUCUCAUUUUUCUGUCUGCUCAGCACUGAUAAAAUCUCACUCUCCACCUUUGACUCCA